CGCCCGAGUCCUCCCGUCAGUCAUCGCGGCCGGGCUGCUCGCUGGCCGCGAAACAAGCAGAGCAGCACCGCGACCGUCCACAAGGAGAACGGAAGGCGAAGAGCAGCGGCGCAUUCGGUGCCCACAGCGAGGGACAUGCGGAACAACUACGACACGCGGCCGACCGCUAUGGCGUCUUCCGGCACUCUUUGGACUUCGGCGCUGGUAACGCUCGUCGCCAGCAUAGCGGCCGUGUCCGCGCAUGCGCAAGGCGGAGACAUCCCGCCGUCCUGCAGUUGGCUGAACGCCGUCAUCGAGGGGUGCUCAGACGACAGCUUCGAGUUCAAGGACAUCUCAGGCUGGGACCUGCUGAAGCGGGAGUACUUCGCCUGUCUCUACUCUCGGAUCAUACAGGCGGACUCGCGAACCACCUGCCAAGACGACGCGCUGCUGAGUCAGGUGGAGGACUGCAGGGUGGACGCCUACUUGAAGUUAAAGCCCGACGUCAAGCUGAAAAGCCCACCGUUCGACAACUCCGCCCAGCUUUUCAAGAACUGCAUGGACAACACGCUGGGCAAAUUCAGAGAAGCCGGCAUGUCCGCCCUGCGUGGGUUCCGGAUGGGACCGGACAGUGGGCCGCCACCGCCACCUCUGCCGCCGCAGCUGUCGCCGUACAACGGCAAGCCCAACAUCACCAUCGAGUACACGCAUUACGUGUGACCCCGGCGACCACUAGUAGAUUGCCAAUAAAGAGAGAAAACGGCCCA